UUGCGAAUAGUCGACGUGCGUUCUUCUUACGAAACGGUUCUAUUGAUAACCUCUAACUAUAAUAAAAUUUAUAAAAAUUAAUUCAUUUAUAAUUUAUAAAAUAUUGUUCAUCUUUAAUAAUUGAAAUAUAAAAUGUUGAACCUCGGAGGAAGAUUGACACGAAUUAUUAUACGGAAUUUUGCUACGAAAUCCGACGAAAUUGGGAAUCUCGUUAAAAAAAAUAAAGUUGUUGUCUUUAUGAAAGGCAUACCGGAGGAACCAAGAUGUGGUUUCAGUAAUGCCGUAGUUCAGAUAUUUAGAAUGCAUGGUGUUCCUUAUGAUGCCCAUGAUGUUCUACAAGAUGAAGAACUUAGACAAGGUAUUAAAGAAUAUUCAAAAUGGCCGACGAUACCCCAAGUAUUUAUCAAUGGAGAUUUCAUUGGUGGAUGUGAUAUUUUGUUAGAAAUGCAUAAAAAUGGCGAAUUAGUAGAAGAAUUGAAAAAAGUAGGAAUUAAAAGCGCUUUGUUGGAGAAAGAAAAUACUUCUCAAAGCGAAUCAACAAAGUCCAAGGAUACUAUGAAAGCUUUUGGAAUUUCGCCAAAUUUUUCAUGAGGAACACCGAUUACCGCAACGUCUGCAAUACUAUCUAAACCUUUAAUAAUAUCCUCCAAUUCCGCAGGUGGUACUUGAAAACCUUUUACUUUGAUUAAUUCCUUGAUGCGUCCUUUGAUGUAAAAAUAUCCUACAUAAAUUCAAAUUCGAUCAAUAUACAAGUGAUAAUAAUUA